AUGACCGCGUUCUCCGACCUUUCGCACGAUCUCGUCGACCGCAUUUUUACCUAUGUGCGAGAUUUCGGCACCCUUGCUGCUCUUAUUCGCACUUCCAAGACGAUAUAUGAAGUCUUCGAAGCACGCCCGAAGUCUAUUGUCAGGGCUGUGGCGGAGAAUGUGAUAGGGAACUGCGACGCGCUGCCCGCCGCCACAAGACUGGUCCGCUUCCAGCUCACCCUCAACAAAUACACAGUUGAAUAUGAGGGCGACGAUGCUGACGAUACAGACAACCAGCGUCCUAAGGAUCCAGGUCCAACUGAAGAGGAUGCCCUGCGCGCGCCGUUGACACGCGCCGAAGCGAACUUGCUCGAGUGGCACGGCCCCGUAGUUCAAGAGCUCGAAGACAUAUUUAGCUGGAGGAACAAGGACCGCGCCUCCCCAAAAAGCACGCUCACACUCGCGGAGUCCAGCCGCUUCUGCAGCGCGAUGUAUCGCUUCUGGCUCUACUGUGAGGUACAUGGCCCACCAGAGUACUGGGAAGACGACGAGCCACAGGACUUCUCGCAGGAAUGCGCGAACUUCUUCAAGGCAUAUAUGGUCGACGAUAUUUUCGAUAUAGCACGCGCGGCCGACUUCAUUGCUGAUCUCGUCGCAUGGUGCGACGGCGCGCUCGGAGACCCUGCUUUGGCAACGCCCCCCAAAGAUUGGUUCAGGUGUAAAUCGUCUAUAGGCCCCAGCACAGUGCUUGGCGACUUCAAGAAGAUUUCAGCAAGUCAGCCGGAGAACGCUGAGGAAGGCUUUUUCUGGCGCGCAUAUGAAAGUCAUAUGCGAACCCUGAAGCUCGGUCCCAAAGUGUGCAAAGAGAGGCUCGCAAAAGCCAUUCUGACAGAAGUGGUCGGACAGCACGAUACUUGUUUCAGAUGCCAUGCGGUUCAGGGUAUAAAUCUCUAUGGCGCAACGACCUGGCCUCUCCUGCGCGGGCAACUUUGCCAAACCAAACUAUUCGCCCUCAUGCCUGGCAACCUUGUGCGCAAUGUUUCCGAGAACCAACAGUUCCUACUGAGCACACAUUGGGGCGUGUUCAUCGGGAGCCAGUUCGACUACACAAAGAUGAUGGACGAGAUUAUGGAUAUACUAGAUGACCAAGAACACAUCUGGCAGAAAGACAAGUGGUACUGCUUCCAGUGCGUCGAACAACUGAUGAAGGAGCGCCUGUGGCGGUGGUGGCGAGAAAGGAAAGUGCAAGAAGGCAAGCCCGUACUUCCGAAUUGCUGGUAUGGCUGGAACUGCCGCACGAUGACCCAUAGACAACAGCAUGCGUCAAGACUCAACCAUUUAUGCAAACCUAUGCGAGGCGAUGGCCCGACUCAACCGCAGCCGGCUUCCGGACCAACGGCGCAUACAUUGGUAUUACUGCCAGCUCCGGCCACAGAUACUGCUGGUGCAUGA